AUGCAGCUGAAGGAGGAGGAGGAAGAGAGCAGGGAGCAGAAGACGGCCAUAUUGAAUGAUUUCGAGGAGCUUCGGAACAAGGUGAAAAAGUUGUUGGACGAGAACGAGGCGAGCACGGAGAUAGAAAAGCUUCCCAUAGCCGCGUUCGAUCUGGACAUAAAGGGGCGGGAUCACAAGUUGAAGGUUGGCCGCGACAUUUGCGAGAACCUUCGCCUCGAGUUCGAGCACAACAUCAACGAGACGAAGAGGGUGUCCAAGUGGAUACGGAAAAAUUUCUGGGACCCGCAAAAGGUGGUCGCCAAGAGUCUGUACGCGAUCUUCGACGAGAUGGAGGUGGUCAAUUAUCCCUCGAUCGCCGAGGAUCCGGACGAUGUGUUGUUCCUAAAGUACAUAAACUUUCACAAGAAGACCGCGUACAGCGUCCUCGAGAACGACAGGUUCGAACCUUGGAAAAUAUAUACCGAGCAAGAGUUGCAGAUGGAGGCGAGCAAGAAGCACAAUAUAUAUCGCGAGCAGGACAAGAGGAUCCAUCUGUUGAUGAACGAUUGGGAGUUGGAGGACAAGGAGGAGGAUUUGAAGAGGUUUAAGUACGAAAUGGAAGAACGGAAAGCGGUGAACGGAACCACGACUCAUCGCUUCAUCGAGUCAUCCCCUUAUUACCCUCAAUUCGGCUACUACGGAUUCGCCCAAACCAAGAUAAACAAUCGUUUCUUCCUGCACGAUUGCACCAAACUUCGGGACUUUUUCAACAAUAAAUUCAACGAGAUAUACGCGCUGAAGGAGAGAGAGAUGAACGUGAUACGGGACAGAAUCGAGAGGAUACGUUACAUAGAUUCGGAAUUGAACAUCAUGUUUAACAAACACGUGCCACACGUCCCAACCGAUCCCGUCUGGCACUGGCAGGAGAGGCCAGAGAGCAUAAUCACGGUGAGAAGGGACGAGAUAAAGGCGAAGCCGUACAUAUCCCCGUCCGCCAUGGAAAUAUUGAUGAAGCAAGCGGCGGAGGAGGAGCGUAUAAGAAAAUUGUUGCUUGCCGACGAUUUUCGGGAGCGCGCCCUCAUGGCGAUGAUGAACGGUGUGUUGGAGGUGCGUUGGGAGGACAUAAUCAAGAUAGACGUGCCCAAGCCUGCCUGCAUGCUGGCGAAGAAACCGGAGGACUACACGUCCGAGGAUAUAUUGGCGGUGAAACAGUACGAGAAGGACGUGCAAUUUCUCAAGGAGGAGAGGGAACGGUAUCACAGGAUGUUGGACGCGGAAUAUUUAAAGGUUAUGGAACAAUUGAAGGAGGGUAUAGACAAGUUCAAUGGGAAAUUGAACAAUCUGUUCCACAUGAAAAUGGACAUAGAGGCGGCGAUCAACCAGUUGUACCUGAGAUACGUGCGAGGUUUGCUCCUGGUCCAUCAUAGGAUAAUGACGUUCGAGGAGGAGAAUUCGUUGAAGAAGAGGAUCGCGGACAAGGAGGACUACGAGAGGGAGAUGGACGAGCACAUAAAGAUGUUUCAGAACGUUCAUCAAAAAGUGACGGACAAAUACACCAGCUUGGUCAGCAAGGAGAAAGCGUUCGCGAAAAAGUUCAAGAGCGAGUUCUAUCAUAUGCACAAGGUGCAGAUGGAGAUACUGGAACGGCAGUGCAAUCGCAGGCCUAGGGUGAAUCUGAGGAAUCUCGAGUCGUCCGACUUUUACGAACUCGCGGAGGAUGUGUUGGGGGGGAAGGGGGCCAGGAUUUACCUGCCUUCAGAGUGCAAGGAUUACCUGAGGAUACUGCACAAUUUCGACAUUAGACCUGUCACAGUUCCACCGAGCAUAGACGCCUCGAACUGGGAGAAUCUGAUCCGUCUGAGACGCGCGAAGAUCAAUUUGGAACUGAUGAUAAGGGGGGCGCAGAGCGAGCUCAUGGACGUGGAGGCGGUGCUCCUAGGUUUCGAGCAGAAGAUGGAGAAGUGCAAGAUCGACAUGGAGGAUAUGAAGAAGGAUAUAGUGGAGAAGAGGAUGCGGCAAAUGAUGGAGGACCUCGACGUGGAGAUACAGUUGGUGUUGAAGAUGGGCCAGGUGGAGAUCGAUCUCGAGGGGGAAUUGACCGAUUCGAAGCACGCGGUCCUCGUCUCGAAAACAACCAUCGACAGCGCCAACUCGUACAUACGUGCCGCGGGCGAGUGCAAAUUGAAGGCUUUGAACAACUUGUUGAGCUUUCAGAGAGGCACCCUGUUGAAGCAAUGGCAGCACAUGUGCAGGAAGAAGAAUUUGGAGGAUCUGAAGGAGGAUCUCCGUUUCACGGAAUCGACCACUGUGACGAAAGAGAUGCAGGGUUACUUGAAGAGGAAGGCGAAAGGUUUGCCGGACGACAAGACGCCGCAACAGUUGGACGACGACAUAGAGGCGGUGAAACGGAAGUUUCAGAAGGCGUUGGACGAGGAGAGGUCGCGGCUCGAGGCCGUGGAGAAGGAGAUCGCCAAUCUGAAGGUGAAGAACGAGCAGCUCGAUCGGCAGAUCCUCGAGAUGAACAUGGCCAGGUGCGACAUGGAGUUGAGGCGCGACAUCGUCGGCGAGGAGAGGCAGAAGGAACACCUCGAGAGGAAGGUGAAGAUGGUGAUGCAUCGAUCGGCGUUGGUCAAGAAGCUGCAGGAAAAUUACGCGGAACUCGUCGAGCUGCAGACCGAGCACGAGCUGCUCAGGCUCAAGCGAUACCCGACCUUUCAUUUCAGGAUGCUCGACGAAAACGAGGAGACGCGGAAGAACGUUCGAACGAAUCUUUGUUAAUUUUCUUGUUGCUCGAUCGGUUCCCCUUCUGGCCGAUGAUUUAUGGCCCUCUUUCUCUCGCGUUAUCUCGUUUUUGGGACAAGUAGGUCCUCGAUCGUCUGCGAGGAUAAUUGGAAAGAGCUUUUCAAUUUGUUGAAACUUUUAUAUUUUAAUAGAUAUCUUUGAAACAAUCGAUCGUAGAAUAAAGAUAUAUAUCGGUUUCUGAUAAAUUGGAAAGCUUUGCUCGACUUUUCUGUACAUACUCGGCAAUUUUUGUAUUUAUAUUUUAAAAAUCGUUCAAAGAUGUUCCACGGAAUAUAUUUUAUGUUUACGUUUUUCAAAAAAUUGUCCUCGCUGAAAUUCAAAAUCGUGUUUAUUUUCAAUUAUUAUUUAUUUUUAAUCGUAUUUUCCAACGAAUCUCGAAAAUUAGAUUAAAUAUAAAAACGAUCGUUGUCCGCGAAUAAAUCAUUUUCGAAUUGUCAUUCUAAUUAUUAUUUAUUUUUAAUCUCCUCUUCGAGGAACGUUCUAAUGAUGAUUUCGAAAAUUUGUAUAACCGCCUAUAAAUCAUUGAUGAAAAAAAUUGAGAGAAAUAAUAAUUUAGAUAAAUUGAUAAAAUUAUUAUUUUUCUUCGAAUUAAGUCAUUUCAAUUGUUAUUCAUUUUUAUUAUUUCAAUUUUCUUUUCGAGAAACAUUGCAAUGACGAUUUCGAUUUUUUAAAAUUAAGUUAAAUAUUGAAACGAUUGUGAUUAAAUGAUCGGCAAAAGAAUAUAAUUUCGAUAAAUCGAUAAAAUUUAUUUUUAAUCGUAUUUUUUAAUGACUACUCGAAUCUCGAAAAUUAGAUUGGAUAUAAAAAACGGUCGUUGACCGCGUCCGCGCAGUAAGUCAUUGGCAAAAGAAAGGGAGGGGGAGGGAAGGGGGCGUAAUUUCGAUAAUUGCGCGCGGCUUUUGACUUGGAUGGAAGCGCGCGAUUUACGAGUUUUGAGAGGUUUGAAAUUUGUUUUGAACCGGUCGAAGAGAUGGAUAUCCGUUGAAUAGAAAUAAACGCGGAGCGUUGGUUUGAAACGGCUGCAUUUAUUUAGCGACUGCGAUUAAACGCAGUAUUUUAUGCGAGUUUUGUUCGUGAAAUUAACAUUAUAUCGUUGCUGUAAAUUUAGAUAAUUUUGUAAACGCUCGAGAAUUGUAAUUAUCUAACAAUCUUCCAAAAAACGUGUCCUUUAUUUAUCCUUUUCUCUACCUCCGUGAAAAACGAAUAAAUUGAAUGUAAAUCAUGGAAUAUCGCUACGAUCCUCAAAAUUAUAGAAACACUUUCGAAUGUGAACACUUUUACCAGAAAGAUUUCUUUGUAUUUUCUUCGUUUCAAUAAAAUAAUA